AUGAGUCGGCCGUCUGCCAAGCUUUGCGCCGAGUGUUUCCCGGGCACCCUGCGGUCGUCCCGGGCACUGCGGGGCGUUGGUGCUCCCCGUGAGAGGUCCUACAUCGCUCCGCGGAGCGGAUUCUCUACUGCUAUAACUCGGGAUCGGACGUCACCAUGCAAUCUAUCUGUGGGCAGGUUCGCGAGGGAGCAGCUCCCAUUGCGUUCACGGGGCCUGGCUACUACUAGCGAUGCGACGGCAAAGGAUGCAACGACGAAGGAUGUGGGUGCGGAGAAGGUGUCUGGACCCCCGCAGGACGGGCCGAUGAAAGAGUAUGAUGAUCGGGUGCAGGCGGGUCGAUUGAGGGAUGACCCUUAUCAAAGAGCAAUUAUUCAGAAUCUGCAGAACCUAUUCGAGGCUCUGAAAGAUUACUCUCCGCCCAAAGUCGUUCAUCCAACCGUCGAGUCCUUGGACCCUCAACCUAAACAGUCUUUCUUUAGCUCGUUGUUCAACCGUGGUGGCAAGGAAGUAGAGAAGUCGGCGAUACCCGAGACCCUUCCUAAGGGUCUGUACAUGUUUGGCGAUGUUGGAUGUGGAAAGACCAUGCUUAUGGAUCUGUUCUUCGAUACGCUCCCGCCCAAUAUUACGUCCAAGACCCGCAUUCAUUUCCACAACUUCAUGCAGGAUGUACAUAAGCGUAUGCAUGUCGUGAAGAUGAAGUAUGGUAACGACUUUGAUGCCCUGCCUAUGGUUGCUGCGGAUAUUGCCGAGACCGCUAGCGUGCUCUGCUUCGACGAGUUCCAGUGCACUGACGUUGCUGAUGCGAUGAUCUUGCGGAGACUCCUGGAAAUUCUCAUGUCCCACGGUGUCGCCGUCAUCACCACCUCCAAUCGCCACCCCGACGACCUAUACAAGAACGGCAUUCAGCGCCAAUCGUUCAUCCCCUGCAUCAACCUCCUCAAAAGCCAACUGAAUGUGAUCAACCUUAACUCCCCAACAGACUACCGUAAAAUCCCUCGCCCCCCAGCCGCAGUCUACCACCACCCCCUCGGCUCAGACGCCGAAGCCCACGCCCAAAAAUGGUUCGACUACCUUGGCGACCCAAUCAACGACCCGCCCCACGCAGAAACCCAAGAGGUCUGGGGCCGCACAAUCCAAGUCCCUCUCGCAAGUGGCAAAGCGGCCAAAUUCACCUUCAACCAGCUUAUCGGCACAGCCACCGGCGCAGCAGACUACCUCGAGCUCGUCCGCCACUACGACGGCUUCAUCAUUACCGACGUACCGGGCAUGAACCUGAACCAGCGCGACCUAGCCCGCCGAUUUAUCACCUUCAUCGAUGCGGUAUACGAAAGUCGCGCGAAGCUAGUCCUUACCACCGAAGUCCCACUUACGAAUCUCUUUCUCUCUGCGUCUGAUGUUAAGGAUUCCCUAAAGGGCGGCGAUCACUCUGAUCUUUCAGAUGCGAUGCGCAACCUCAUGGAUGAUUUGGGUAUGUCGGUGCAGGCACUGAAGAAUACAUCUAUUUUCAGUGGUGACGAGGAGCGAUUUGCAUUUGCACGUGCGCUUUCGAGACUUGCUGAAAUGGGAAGUAAGGAGUGGGUUGAGCGAGGUAUGGGGGUUGGGAUGGAUGAGAAGGGGGGUAAGGAGGAUCGUGAAGCUUGGUUGAAGACUAGGAGUCAUUGGAGUGAGGAUAACAUGUAA